ACGGAAGCGAAGCCACGGCGGAAGUUGUGACGUGUCAAAUGGACGCCAUUUCCCGGAGUAAGGAAACGCCUUGAAGACGCCACAAGCUGUCUAACGUGCAAUCCCUUCAGCAGUAGCAGCCAUGGGGAACAUAUUUGGGGGCCUGUUCAAAUUUUUUGGCAAGAAGGAAAUGAGGAUCCUGAUGGUGGGCCUGGACGCCGCUGGCAAAACCACCAUUUUGUACAAGCUCAAGCUCGGGGAGGUUGUCACCACCAUUCCAACAAUAGGUUUUAAUGUGGAGACAGUGGAGUACAAGAACAUCAGCUUCACGGUGUGGGACGUUGGCGGUCAGGACAAGAUUCGACCGCUGUGGCGACAUUACUUCCAGAACACACAAGGUCUCAUCUUUGUGGUGGACAGCAACGACCGAGAGCGAUGCAACGAGGCUCGCGAGGAGCUCAUGAGGAUGUUGGCGGAGGACGAACUGCGUGGCGCUCUGCUAUUAGUCUUUGCUAAUAAACAGGACCUUCCCAACGCCAUGACGGCAGCUGAGAUCACAGACAAGCUGGGUCUUCACUCCCUGCGCGACAGACAAUGGUACAUCCAGGCUACCUGCGCCACCAGUGGGGAAGGUCUCUACGAGGGACUGGAGUGGCUGUCCAACAGGCUGAAGAACAACUAACGGGCGCCUCGUACCUUUUUUACAUUCUGCCUUUACUGAGCUGUUGUUACCACAGACGUACUGGACAAUUGGUCCGUUCGGCUAAAGCUGAGACGUUUGUAUUUUAUGUAAGUGUAAUAGAUUUUGGUAACGGGGCAGCUUUACUUGACUUUUUCUAGCGUGAUUGUUUGACUCUGGUUGGCCAAUAAAUGAGGGAAACGUAGAAUUGGCUUUUCCCAGCAAACGUACGACCAAUUGGCAAAAAAGAUGCACUUCUGGGAGUUUCAAAUGGCCAAAUUAUCAACCUCCAAAGCCGUUUCUCAUUUGGUAAACACUGGAAUAUGUUUAAUGCAGCAUAUCCCCUAAGAUCUACCUGCUUUGUUUGUCGGAAAGGCAUUUUCUUUUUCUAUUCAGUCUCAGGGCCACAUUUGCCUUAAAGUGCAUACACUAACUUAAAAAACAACAAUGCACGAUAACUUAUCACAUGCCUUGUACUGUAUACAUUGUGUGACAUUACAUGUCGUGGCAGUCCCGAAUGCCUUUUGGAAAGUGAAGUGAGGAUUUUAAAUUGCAAUAAAGAAUCUUUCUUCUACAUUUCCUGCUUUGCACAUUGUCAGGUUUGGUGUAAAGAGGAAGCUAUAACAUACCUAUACAAGGUAAUUAGUUGCCUUUGUUUUUUUUUUUUUCCCCUCAAUGUUACUGCACUGCUCUGAAUACAUCUGGGGGUGGGGGUGUUUUUGUGAUUUGUAGCUAAUGUUUAAAUUAAUCUAUGGGUGUUGUGAGCUAAUAAGCACUGUAAUUAAAGUGAAUAGAUUCAAAUAUAUCUGAAAUUGAUUUUUCUUUAUACUGUAUUUGUCUAUGCAAUAAAAGUUUAAAUGUUAUAAAGUUAA